UUUAAAAUUUGCCCUUUGUUCGGGCCAUAUCAAGCUCGAUUGCCCUUGCUCUCUCUACCACUUGUCCCCUCUUUAUACUCUCUCUGUCGAUGAAGUUGACUGCCGCAGAAUUCCGUGACCCGCUCGCCCUCCCAUUCUGGCAUCAACGAUAAUCAGCCGGAUCCCGCACAAUCGCACCGUAAAUUGAGUAAAAUAUUUCUCCUAAAUUUUGCUCCGACACACAGUAUAUGUACGCAUAUAUUAUACAGUAGAAAAAAUGCAGAAGAGCUUCACUCUCGUACACACUGUAGCAACUGCAGGCGUUUUCUCGGCCGUCUCCUUCUGGUAUGGAUUCAUGUUCGGCAGAGAGUCAGCACGAAAGGAGCUCAGUGAUUUAAUUGAGAGCCUCCGCCGUGCCAACUCUGAUCCUGCUUCUUCUUCUCUUCCACCGCAACAUUCCUGAAGCAGUGUUUGCAGGUGUCAAGAAUGUAGUAUCUAGUAAGCUGAGAGAAACAGGCUCCUAGAUUUUUCUUAGAGCUUAGUCCGAUUCCAAAGCUUAAGGUAGUUACGGCUUGGUCCAGUGCUCUCUGUAAAUGUCGCUGGAAACAUUUAUUUAUGUUUUCUUCCAUUAGCUUUGAAUGAGAAAAUUUGAAUGUUUUCAUGUUGGUUAAAUAUUCUAAUUCUAUUUGAUGUAAUUUGCUGGAGAGAAACUACUUUGGUGGUUGAUGGAUGCUAUACAUUUUUCUUUUAUGAAAUCCCUAGAUACGCUUGGAUGA